UCAUAAACUGAUAUAAACUUGAUUUUGACUGAAGAUCUUACCUAUGAAGUCCAUAUUUUAAUAAGUCUUCACGUGUGAAGUGUUCCGAGCUUCUUUUCGACCGUUUACUGGCUUGAAAUAUGUACAGCGUGAGGCGUAUCCCAUAGUUUUCGAAGUUUUUUUAUGUUAUGAAAAACGAUUUUUCCCAAUAUUUCGGCACCCGAAUAUGCUGCAUUGUUGUAUAUUUUCACAAACGAAUGCUUACAUAAUGAAAGUAUUAAUAAAGUACUCAAAAAUAAACGUUUUAAUCGACACAGCAAAAGGCGGCGAAGCUUUUGUGUACCUAACAUACAGUGCUGUACUCUGGCGGGAAACAUGGCUGAGCCCGAGGACUCCAAGACCCUCACCUACGUGUCUCCUGUACUCACUAACGAGUCGCUCUCAGGAGCCCUAACCAAGUGGUUUGGUGAAAAUACUGUCUUCACUCAUUGGGAGUACAUCAGCAAAACGGGAAAGGGCGAUUCCUACCUCAGCGAUGUUAUCAGAAUCAGGAUAUUCGGCCAAUCACAGAAUGGCAAUAAACAUGUCCAAGUCAUCCUUAAAACUAUCCCUAAAAACAUCGCCCGCCGCCUCACUUACAGAAGCGAUGAGUUCUUCAAAAACGAAAUCAAUUUUUACACCAAAGUGUUGCCAGAAUUACUUAAAUUCCAAUCUACGAAAAAUAUGACAGAGCCUUUCGACAAAUACGUCAAAGUGUUCUUCUCGUACUGCGACGGGAUCAAUGAUGUUUUAUGUCUAGAAGAUGAGUCGCUCAACGGCUACGGAUCAGCCUUCAGGCAAGAGGGAGUCGAUUUAAAUCAUUGCAAAACUAUAUUCAAAGUCCUCGCCCAAUUUCAUGCAAUGUCUUUUGCAAUGAAAGACCAAGAACCGGAGAGAUUCUAUGAUAUAAGCAAUCAAAUUUUCGAAACGUAUUAUCAUGAGAGACUGCGAGAUUGGUACUCUCGAUUUUGGGCGCGCAUCGGUAAUAUAGCUGUAGACGCAGUAGAGAAAGAGUAUUCUGGAACGAUAUACGUAGAAAAGGUUAAAAAAUUCUGCGUGCCUGAACGGUACGAUGAUAUGAUCGAAGCGGCCACUAACACAAAGAAUACUGGUGUAAUAUCUCAUGGUGAUUCAUGGACUAAUAAUUUUCUAUUCAAGUAUGUUGAUGACAUUCCUGUUGCGGCUAAAAUCAUUGACUUCCAAUUGUGUAGAUACGCUACACCUGUGUUGGACCUGACUUUUGUAGUCUACGCGUGCACGUCUCACAAUCUGAGAGUCAAACAUUACGACGAGUUGAUUAAUUAUUAUUAUGAAGUUUUAGCGACACAGAUAAAGGAGAUGGGCAGUGAUCCGAUUAAGAUAUACAGUAAAGAUUUGUUUUUGAGUGAGAUUAAGAAAUAUUCGUAUUUCGGGCUCGCUUCCAGCUUUGAAUCGACUCCAUUAAUAGUUUUGGAUCCUGAAGACGCUGUAGAUAUGAAUAUGAAGGGUGAUAAGAAAAUGAAUAUCGACGACAACUGGCAAAUUGGGCCCUUCAAAACUAAGGAAGGGAGACUUCGUGAGGCGAAUAAUAUCGUUCACUGCGUUGACAACGGCUACAUAUAGAAUAUCUACUAUUUACCAACUGGAUUGAAACACAAUUUGUUAUUUUUAUCCACUGGAUUGAAACACAAUGUGUAGUUUUUAUCCACUGUAUUAUCUACUCGCGUCUUUGCGUCAUAGGUUCGCUCCAUAUUAUUUCUUACUUUCGCAUAGAGGAUACCCAAGGUACCUACCAUUUAUUACCACUUCGUAUACAUAAAGGUAUAGGUACUUUGUUACAGUCCGUAUAUAUUUUUAUGAGCCUGUUGAUGUGUCCUACUGGGCAAAUGCCUCCCCUUCCGUUUCCCACAAAUCUCUGUCAAGGCAGCCCGUAUAUUAGAAUACAUAUUUACAUAUAUUUUUAUAAAAUUUAAGAUUGUGGGAGAACUAGGCUUUCGCUCAGCAUAUGCUAUUAAUUAAUUCAUUUACGAAUAGGUAAAUCAAGAUGAAGUUUUUGAUAAAAUUAUCAGCAAAUAAUGUAUAAACAAUUAAUAUGUAAUUUUUAUACCCCAAUAACAGUAUUUUAUAUUUUAUAGACGUUUAUUGUUUUAGACUUAUAUUAUUAUUUAUGGAAGUAAAAAUCAUGUUAAACAUAGUUAUUAUAAUUAAAAUAUACAAUUAUAUAAUUUUUAAAAUACCGGUUGUUCAACUUUUUAUAUAGUGAUAUAUCCGAAACGACUUAGGAGACCUUAGGGGAAAAAAUACAUAUUAUGUACGUCUGACGAACGCCAUAUUAAGGUGUAAUUACAUUUUUUCUCCGUCGCAGAGCGCGACUUAUAUUUUAUAUAACUAGCAAUAUCAUUUCUGUAUGUACAAACCCUCGAGAAUAAAUUGUCUAAAUAACAGUGAAAACCAUGGAUUUAGUAAGUACUGUACGGAGUACCUGCCAUGGAAUUAGCAGGUACUCCGGAAGUAUUUAUUAAAUCCAUGGUACCUACUAAUUCCAUGACGACAACAACGCAGCAAACGUUGUGGGUGACUUUGACAACCAUCUAUUUCUCAAAACGCCAAAUUCACGCCGCCGUUGUCAUGACAACAUCACAGAUGGCAUUUGCGUUGCAUUAGUUCGUUUGCGGACACGACGACAACACAAGGAACAGAACAAAUGAUACAAACAUCUCGCUCGCUCAACCACCCGUUCCGAUGGGCGUCUAAUUAGUUACGAUGUUAACUUUUGACGUUAUGCAGUUGUGCGACAGUCUAUCUUAUUGUAUUGUAAUAAUAUUGAUUUAGAUAAAUACACAAAUUCUUUCGUUUUGUUUUGUUUUAAAAUAGACAACGUUGUGAGAAGCCCGGCUACGUUUUGUUGUGUUAUCCGAAAAACGCGUGUCGACCCAUAUCUAGGCGAGUGACAGUGGCAUAACGCCAGUGACGUAAACACGAUUGACGCUGGAACGGACUAGGUUACUAACACUUUUGAAAAUUACCAAUGCCAAAUGGCCAUAUAUUUUAUAUGAAAAAUUGCCCGCUGCUUCGCCUGAGUUUAUUACGUGCGUCCGCUUGUAACUUAUUUUUGUCAAUAUCUCGGGUUUUAAGCAUGAUUACGAUGAAACCUAUAGCUACCAGAUUUUAAAUAAGACCAUAUGCAUCGAAUUCCAUUCAGCAAUUU